AUGAUGAUGACGGCGAUCGAUUUUCUUAACAUAGUUACAGAAUACAACGACGAGAUGUCAACAAACGUUGAAGCAGAUCUAACUAAAAAAUUAGAAACAAGCAGUCUAGAAGCAGCGAAAAAUGAAAUACCGAUCAGUAAAGAUGCAGCAGAUAUGAUCAAAGUACAAGCAAAUGAAGCGUUUAGAAUUGGUGAUUAUGAAAAAGCAACGGAACUUUAUACAAAAGCAAUCGAACUUCAUCCCGAUGCUGUUUUGUAUUCCAAUCGAAGUUUUGCUUACCUUCGUCGGGAAUGGUAUGGCUAUGCAUUGAUCGAUGCGAAAAAAGCGUUGGAAUACGAUUCGAAAUACAUCAAAGCAUUCUAUCGACGCGCAUCAGCUCACAUGGCUCUAGGAAAGUAUGCGUUGGCAUUGGGAGAUUAUGAAUAUGUGAAAAAAGCUUGUCCGAAUGAUAAAGAUGCAUUGAUGAAAUAUGAAGAAUGUAAAAAGAUCGUGACACGUAUUCGUUUCGAGAAAGCUAUUGCUGUUGAUGAGUCUGCGAAAUCGGUUGUGAAUCAAAUCGAUCUCAAUUCUAUGACUGUGGAAAAAGAAUACGAUGGUCCGCAUUUAGAAAGUGAUGGGCGAGUUACGAGUGAUUUUAUGUUCCAGCUGUUACCAUACUUUGAAAAUCAGAAGAAACUUCAUAAGAAGUAUGCAUAUCAAAUUAUUUUGCAAAUACUAACAUUAUUGAAAUCAUUACCAACGUUGAUUGAUGUUACUGUGCCAACGAAGCAUAAAUUUACGAUCUGUGGAGAUAUUCACGGACAAUUCUAUGAUUUAUUGAAUAUUUUCAAAUUGAAUGGACCACCGUCCGAAGAAAAUCCAUACUUAUUCAAUGGUGACUUUGUUGAUCGAGGUUCGUUUAGUAUGGAAUGUAUCCUUACCUUAUUUGGCUUCAAAUUGCUCUAUCCCGACCACUUCUUUCUCGCUCGAGGUAAUCACGAAUCAUUGACAAUGAAUCAAAUGUACGGAUUCGAAGGUGAAGUCAAAGCGAAGUACACCACACAAAUGUUUCAAUUAUUUACUGAAGUUUUUAACUAUUUACCGUUAUCGCAUUGUAUCAAUAAUAAAGUUCUAGUAAUGCACGGAGGUUUAUUUAGUAAAGAUGAUGUAACGCUGAAAGAUAUACGUGCUGUUGAUCGUGUUAAACAACCACCAGAAGAAGGUUUAAUGUCGGAAUUGUUGUGGAGUGAUCCGCAACCACAAGCUGGUCGAUCGGAAAGCAAACGUGGUGUUGGGCUUCAAUUUGGACCAGAUGUAACUGAACGAUUUUUGAAAGUAAACAAUUUAGAAUACAUUGUUCGCAGCCAUGAAGUCAAACAAGAAGGCUAUGAAUUAGCUCACAACGGAAAAUGUAUUACUGUAUUUUCGGCUCCGAACUAUUGUGAUUCGAUGGGAAAUAAAGGUGCAUAUAUAACAAUCACUGGUGAUGACGUUACACCGAAGUUCACAUCGUACACAGCUGUACCUCAUCCAGCUGUUCGUCCAAUGAUGUACGCAAAUCAAUUAUCAAUGUUUGGUUUGAUGUAG